GCCAGCGGGUCAGGUUCCCCAGCCGCCAUGAGCCACGACGCCGAGGUGGACAUGAAGGAGGUGGAGCUGAACGAGCUGGACCCCGAGAAGCAGCCCAUGAACGCGGCGUCGGGGGUGGCCGUGGCCGUGGCCGUGGGCGGCGGCGCGGAGAAGAACGGCCUGGUGAAGAUCAAGGUGGCCGACGACGAGGCGGAAGAGGCCUCCGCGAAGUUCACUGGCCUGUCGAAGGAGGAGCUGCUCAAGGUGGCCGGCAGCCCGGGCUGGGUGCGCACCCGCUGGGCGCUGCUGGUGCUCUUCUGGCUCGGCUGGCUGGGCAUGCUGGCCGGCGCGGUGGUCAUCAUCGUGCAGGCCCCGCGCUGCCGCCCGCUGCCCCAGCAGAAGUGGUGGCACAAGGGCGCCCUCUACCGCGUCGGCGACAUCCAGGCCUUCCAGCCCCGCGACAAGGGCGGCCUCGCAGGCCUGGAGGGGCGUCUGGAUUACCUGAAUUCCUUGAAGGUGAAGGGCAUUGUGCUGGGCCCACUUCACACCAACCCGAAGGAUGACGUGACUGGCACUGAUCUGAAGCAGAUCGACCCCACUUUGGGCUCCAAGGAAGAGUUCGAUCGUCUCUUGGAGUCAGCCAAAAAAAAGAGCAUCCGGGUCGUCCUGGACCUCACUCCCAACUACAGGGGCCAGAACUCAUGGUUCCUCUCCGCGCAGGUUGGCCUGGUGGCUGCUAAGAUGAAGGACGCCCUGGAGUUCUGGCUGGAGGCCGGUGUGGACGGCUUCCAGGUCCGGGAUGUGGAGAAUCUAACGGAUGCAUCCUCGCUGCUGGCUGAGUGGCAGAACAUUACCCAGAGCUUCAAUGAAGAGAAGCUCUUGAUGGCAGGCACAGACUCCUCCGACCUGCAGCAGAUCCUGAAGCUGCUCAACUCCACCAAGGACCUCUUGUUGACCAGCUCGUUCUUGUCGGGCUCCAGCUUAGGGAAGGAACAUGCGCGGCUCCAGGCCACCCAGUACUUGAACGCGACGGGCGAUCACUGGCGCAGCUGGAGCGUGUCUCAGACUGGCCUCCUGACUUCCUUUGUGCCGGCUUCCCUUCUCCGACUCUACCAGCUACUCUUCUUCACUCUGCCGGGGACCCCUGUCUUCAGCUAUGGGGAUGAGAUUGGCCUGCUGCAGGCGGCCAUCCUUCCUGGACAGCCGGAGCAGGCCCCCAUCAUGCUGUGGGAUGAAUCCAGCUUCCCCAGCACCUCCAGCCCAGGUUCUGGGUCUGCAGACCUCAACAUGACUGUAAAGGGCCAGGAUAACGUCCCCGGGUCCCUCCUCUCUGUGUUCCGGAAGCUGAGUGGUGAGCGCGUCAAGGAGCGCUCCCUGCUGCAUGGGGACUUCCUUGAGCUCCCGUCGGGACCUGGCCUCUUCUCCUACAUCCGCUGCUGGGACCAGAACAAGCGGUUUCUGGUUGUGCUUAACUUUGGGGACCAGAGUGCCUCGGCCAGCUUGGGGCCUGCUGACCUGCUCAGCAGCGCUGGCGUGCCAGCCAAGGCGGAACUCCUGCUCAGCACCCAGCCGGGCCGGCAGGAGGGAGACUCCCUGGCCCUGCAGCACCUGACCCUGGAGCCUCACGAGGGGCUGCUCCUGCAUUUCCCCUAUGUGGCCUGACCUCCCCUGGCCUCCCCUCCCUCCCUUUUUUUAUUGUUAGAGAUGGUAGAUGGCUUCUGGGUUUGAGUAAAAGUCACCCCUGCCUA